AUGUCCACCUUUAUAGACCCUUCAAGGACAAGCGCAUCUAAUACAAAUUCAUUCUUAUACCAUAAUGAUUCAUCUUCUUCUCCUGUAAUAUGCAAUAGUAAUAACAGCAGUCAUCAGCAGAUACAACAGCAGCAAACACAACAUAUACAACAACAACAGGCUCAAGCAGCAAUAAAUGCUGAUUUCACAAAUACAGCCGACCAUAUUAACUACAGAACAUCUGCGAAGCCUUCAACAGUAACGACAUCAUCCACUACUAAUCUCUCAAUUUCUAACGAUGAUGUAGUUAGUUACGAUUCGUCCAUUCACAACGUCCAUGACCGUCGCAUUUCUUCUUCUUCCAUAAACUCUUCCGCUUCUUCGACCUCCAACUCUUCAACUUCUUCAAUAAAAUCAGGCGCAACGUUUAUAAACUUGAAAAAACCGGUACAAAUCUCUGAAACAAACAUUAUUAAGGAUCAUCAUCACCAACCGAAUCAACAACCGUCAUCGGUUUCGUCCCUGAAAAAUGGGUUUCACUAUUCAGUAUCCACUGCUACAACUAUUACGGCGUCCAAACCUUCUCAUACUACUAAGCCCACCAAAUUAGAAAUUUUGCAUGAUAGACCAUCUAUUUGCACAACAACCAAUAGUCGUUCUUUUAUCAUAAACACUACUGCUUCUGCUGCUGCAAAUAUCACGCCCUCUUCUACCGCCGCUGCAUCAUCCAUCAAAACACCCGAUUAUCAUCCUCAUCAUCAUCAUUCUGUAAUUACUAGUACAGUUCCAGCAGCAGCAUUAGCUGAUAACAGUAAUACUACCCCUACGAAGAAAAAAAAGAAACAGUCAAAUCAACAGAAGUUACAAAAGCGCUGUAGAAAAGAAAGAUUCGCACAAGUCAAGAACGAAUAUGAACAAAAAAUCAAAGCGUUUUACCAACAAUUAACCUUAGGCUGUCAGCAAGAGCACUGUAAGAAUAAGUUUUGUGCCUCGGGACGGCGAGGACUGAUGAGCUUACAACCACAAGCAGCCUUAAUUCUGUCCAUUCAACUUGCCUCUAUGCCUAACCCAGAUUCUAGGUUGUGUCCAACUACAGCUAUAACGCAAUCAGAUAGCAAAACGAUCUCAAAAGUUAGUGAACAUAAGAAAAUGAAUAUCGAAAAGCGAGAGAUUGAUAAAGGAAGUCAGGAACAGAUUACAUCAAAAUCAUUUUUACAGUCUCUAUUUAAUUCUUCACCGUUUUCUGGACUCUUCAAUAACGAAUUACUGCUCAAGGAUAAGAAGCGAACCGAUAGUAUCAACGUACAGCAAGUAAUUUAUGAGAGUAGGAAUGAGGCACAGUACGACAAACAAAAGCGUCAUCGUACGACUAUCAAUGGUGAUAAUGAUAGGAAUAAUAGCUGGAGUACAAGGUUUUGGAAAUUAUUAGGAUAUCUCGAUGGCAAUAGCACUAAAGAAAACAUUAUCGAUCUCAGCGAGGAGGAUGAAUUAGAUAGCUUAGCUGGUGAAAUAGAAAGUGAGAGACCAACUGGAUAUGGCGAUAAUGAGGACGUUACGAAUUUGUUUGAAGCGUAUUACCAGAUUGAUGAUAGCGAUAGUAGUAGAACAUUAAUAGACCGUUCUUCUUUGUCUACGGAAUCCGAAGAAGAGGAUUAUUUUGUCAUUCUUCCCACAUGUGUCAGUCGUUCAGAUGAAUCUGCCAGAGUUCUGCAACUAGCUCUUAAUGGCGAUAUUCCCUUGAAAAGCCUUCUGAAAUGGUGUAGAUCAAUAUUUCAAAAUUGGGAAGGAAUUGGUAAUAGCUUCUUGUUGUCAGAACAACAGCAACAACAACGCGCAAACACUUUUUCAGCUUCACUCAUGAAUUUGGAAGAACUAAACAGGUUCUAUCAAGCUUUUUUACCGCAGCAGCAGACACAGAGCGAUCUUGCUACAGAAUUGAAAACAACUCAUCCGAAAAUCAAAGAGCAAAAGGAACAAUGGCAACUACAGUUAGUUGAAACUAUUUCCAAUAGUUCUGAGACACUUCUUGAUCGGAUGCUCGCAAAUUUAGAUUCACUUUUAGAAUACCAGGAAGAUAGUCGAACACAGGCAGAUUCAGACGCGGAAUAUGAUAAAGGCAUUCAUACCACGAUUAUUGAAUGGGGCCGCUCUAUCAUAGGAGUAUUCGAAUGGAUGAGAUGCUGUGAUCAGAUGUUAUAUGGAUUGGAGAAGAGUGAACAGAAGGAAGAAAACAGCCAAAUUGAUAUUGAUCCUUUCGAUGAACCUGAUGAAGGAAUAACAGCUUUAUUUACUGGUGUCAAUUCCAAGAAGCAAGAUGAAAAUAUAAAUGCGAAUGCAACUGGUCGGUUAUCGACUGCUGUCUAUAAAAAUCACAUUAUAUUGAACCAUAAAGCCUUUUUAGUCCUCAGUAAGAUUGGAAACGAAAAGAAGUCUCUGCUGAGGAAGGUGUUAGUAGAGAUGAUUGCUGGUUUGGAUUCCUCUCGAGUGGAACAUUUAGUAAAGAUUGCUCAAGAUUAUCUCUCGGACCACUUUCAAGCAGGACCGUACAAACAUGGAUUAGAAGACAAUGUUGUAAUUGCUUUGAAAAGCCUUGAGCUUAUAUAUCACGCUAAUAUGAAGAUACCCAGCGCACCCAUUAUUUCACCACCUAAGUUUUACAAUGAAAGAAUCUGUAGCAAACUCAAUCUCAAAGUUGAAUUCCGCCGUUGGAAACAAGUCCUAUUAUACGGUGAAGGGUUAACAAAUCGUCGAUCAAACCUUCUCUUGCCAACCACAAAACCUGCCUCGCUUAACAACCACCGAUUAUUUACAUCUUUAUCUUCUACAAUAACUUCAUCACCUUUUCACAAUAGUAAAACCGGUACUCUCACUCCUGAAGACUAUCGAUUUUCAUGGCUGAGUUAUCCGUUCAUUUUACCUCUUCGCAUCAAACGAAAAAUAGUCCUUAUGGAUGCCAUGUCUCAAAUGUCGGAAGAAUACGAGGAUGCCUGUGUCAAUCAUACUCUCCUCAUUCAUGCACAGAAACUAUUAACAGCAGCAGCAAACUCUAAUAACGGUAGUGGAGCUUCUUCGAACAACAACGGAAUGGCGAAUUUCUUCCGUGACAAAGAAUCUGUUCUCAGAAGUGCCACUUGCCCUUAUUUGCUGUUGGAAAUCCGCCGUGAACACUUUGUUCAAGAUACUUUUGUACAACUAUCUCAACAUUGGACUGAUUUGAAAAAGCCUUUGAAAGUAAAAUUUGUCGAAGGCGGUGAAGAAGGCAUGGAUCAAGGUGGCGUUCAAAAAGAGUUUUUUGAUGUCUUGUUCAAAAAGUUGGUUUCACCGUCAUUAGGCUUAUUUACUCAGGACGACAGCACGAGAUUAUGUUGGUUUAAGUUACAUGCUGAUACCGCCAGUUCGUGGACACGUUUAUAUGAAAUGAUGGGUGUUUUGAUGGGAUUGUCUGUAUACAAUGGUGUGAUCAUGAAUUUGCAAUUUCCCAAAGUGUUAUGGAAGGUCAUGAUAGCACCAAAUGAAAAGAUAAUAGAUGUGAUGAUUAGCAGAGGACAGCUAUUUACUUUGGAAGAUUUAGAAGAGGGUUGGUCUUUCUUAGCUCAAGGUCUGCGCCAACUGCUAGAUUGGGACGAAGAAGAGCAAGGAGGACUGACUGUAGAAGAUAUAUUUUGUCGUGAUUACGAUAUCUCUAUGGAAGUGUUUGGUGAAGGAGUAGUCACUACUUCCUUAAUGCCAGAAAGAAAGCCUGCAGUGCCAGUUACCAAAGAGAAUCGUGAUGCUUAUGUGCGUGAUUACUGUAUCUAUUACAUGUAUACUGCCCAGAAAGAGCAAAUCUUGGCUUUACGUCGUGGAUUGUGGAGUGUGCUAGGCAGUCGGGCUCUUUGUUUGUUAACAGCUGACGAAUUGGAAAUGGUUGCCUGUGGUCUUCGCCAAGGUCCUGAUGCGAUUAGCUUAAACAUGGCCGAACUGGAGAGCGUCACAGAGUACGAUGAUGGCUAUAGUGCGGAUCACCCUACUAUCAGACAAUUCUGGUCUAUUGUUCACCAUAAUUUGACGCAUGAACAAAAGAAACAGCUCUUGCUUUUUGUCACAGCAAGUGAUCGGGUUCCUGUAGGCGGUUUGAAGGAACUUACAUUCUAUAUUCAAAGGAAUGGUCCUGAUAGUGACAGGUUACCCACCGCAUUGACUUGUUUUAGCAGGCUAUUACUACCUGAAUAUGCCACGAAGCAAAAAUUGCGCGAAAGGCUGAUAACAGCAAUCGAAAAUACUCAAGGUUUCGGCCUCGUUUAA